GUUUGAGAAUCGAGAGAGUGAAAGAAGCAUCGCAUCAUCAAUGGCGGCGAGGAGGAGCGGUUUACCUCUGAUCAAAUACUUGAGAGUGCAGGUUGAUGCUUUGCCACACAACUACCAAACUCCGUUGAGGCUCUUCCAGAACGUGUUGCUUCGCCGCUUCUCCACCGAAGAGGUUAGGGGUUGCUUUCUCGAUAAGUCCGAGGUUACAGAUCGCGUCGUCUCAUGUGUCAAAAACUUCCAGAAAGUCGACCCUUCCAAGGUAACCCCAAAUGCUCAUUUCAAGGAUGACCUUGGAUUGGAUAGUUUAGAUUCAGUGGAGAUCGUGAUGGCUCUUGAGGAAGAGUUUGGGUUUGAGAUUCCUGAUAAUGAAGCAGACAAGAUCGAAUCCAUUAAACUUGCCGUCGACUUCAUUGCAUCUCAUCCUCAGGCAAAGUAGGAGAGAAUCAAUGAGGCCCGGUGUAUAAUUUUUUAUUUUGUUUCUCAUCAAGUAGGGUAGAACCAUCAAAACUUUUGAGACAUUUUUCCCCCUCCUUGUUUGCUUCUAAAAUGCAAGUUUAUGUUCUCUUCCCUCUAAAUCCCAGAAGAGUGUUAGCUGGGGAUGUGCCAACUUGAAUGCUACUGUACUUAUGGUAGGAUUGCCAUCUCGAGACUUUAACAUUUAAUCUUUCCCCAGUAUUCAUGUCAAUAAAAAUCGUGUGUUAAAUUUCUGAUUAUAAAAUCUUGAGGUCUUGAGUUGUACUGUGUAUCUGAUGCAGUAU